AUGCCAGAGGUACCAAUGACUCUGAGCAAAGUAGUUCAGGCUGAGAUUGAGGAUGAAACGAUCCGUGUCGCCGUGCUCAUGGUGUCUGGCCGGGCACUCGUUGUGGAGGCUCGAACUUUGCAAACUGUCGCAGAACUCAAGAGCGAGAUCCAGACCAAAGAGAGCAUUCCGAUCCAAGAGCAGUCGCUGAUCUACCAAAAUGAGCCUCUCCAGAAUGCCCGGAAGCUGCACGAGUACGGGAUCCGCUAUGACUCAUGCGUCAGCCUAGUGCGAGUUCAACCGAUGGAGUUGAAGAUCAUGACUGCGCGGGCGAAGUGGAACAUCCGAGUGCAGCCGCAGGAUACCGUGGCCGAAAUCAAAUCUUUCGUCAAUGAAAAGAUGUCGAUCCCAUUUGAGCAGAUGCUCUUUGUUUGCAAAGGCAAGCCUCUGGAAGAUGGCCGGCCCCUCUCAGAGAUGGGAGUCGAGACAGGAGAUCAGGUGGCGAUGAUCUUGCGGCUCAAGGGCUGCGGCCAGUUCAUCGUGGAAACCGAUGCUGGAACGUCGUUUCGUGUGGAUGGUGCAUGCGCUGACAAGACGAUUGCUGACGUUAAGACCGCUAUCCGCGACAGAACAGGCAUGGCUCCUGCUGAACAGCAGUUGACCUUCAGAAAGCAGGUGCUGGAGGACGCACAGACUCUGGAAUACUAUGGCAUCAAGCGGGAAUGCAAGAUUCAGCUGGCCCGUCAGCAGCCGCAGGACGGCUUCCGUGAACGUUGCUGCCUCUGCUGCUGA